UUCUCUCGGCGCUCACACAGCGCUGCCUCACAGACCCAGGCACUUAUAAGAUGCUAUCGCCACACUGCCGAGUCCUCCUCAUCGUCCUAACUCACCAGUACCUCUGCAGGGCGCAGAACAAUGCCCAGCUGGCAGCGGUGCGGGGGGCAGGCGGCGCCACGACGGAGCGCAAGCAGUUCUGCCAGUGGCCGUGUAAGUGCCGCGCCAAGCCCCAGUGUGCCCCGGGGGUCAGCUCCGUGCUGGACGGCUGCGGCUGCUGCAAGAGCUGCGCCCGGCAGAUCGGCGAGCCCUGCAACGAGAGGGACAUCUGCGACCCGCACAAGGGCAUGUACUGCGACUUCUCCCGCGACCAGCCCCGCUACGAGGCGGGCAUUUGUGCCUACAUGAUGGCCGUGGGCUGCGACCUGAACGGAAGACACUACGAGAACGGCCAGGCCUUCCAGCCCAGCCCGCUCUACAAGUGCACGUGCAUCGCCGGCGCCAUCGGCUGCACGCCCGUCUUCGUCCAGAAGCCCACGGGCCUCCUGAGUCCGGCGGCGCUCCAGGCCAAAGCCCCAGCCGGCCUCCGCAGCGCCAAGGACCCCAGGAAGAGCCAGCAGGACACGGUCUACAGGAGCAUGCCAGCCUGGAAGAAGAACUGCCUGGUGCAGUCCACUCCCUGGAGCCCCUGUUCCCGCACCUGCGGCAUGGGCAUCUCCGUGCGCGUCUCCAACGACAACGGCAAGUGUGAGAUGAGGAAGGACCGGCGCCUGUGCCUCCUCCGGCCAUGUGACAAGAAAGCACUCAAGAGUGUGAAGAUGCCGCGAGGGAAGACCUGCCGGGCCAAGUUCCAGGCCAAGAAGGCGGAGAAGCUCCACCUGUCGGGCUGCUCCAGCACCAAGAAGUUCCGGCCCACCUACUGCGGGGUCUGCACGGACAAGCGCUGCUGCGUGCCCAACAAGUCGCGCCUGGUCACCGUGGCCUUCAAGUGCAAGAGCGGCACCAACGUCAAGUGGAAGAUGCAGUGGAUCACCUCCUGCGUGUGCCAGAGGAAGUGCGGCGACCCCGGGGACAUGUUCUCAGAGCUCUACCUGCUCUAAGACCUCCAGCCCCCCCCCCCACGCCCCUCCCCCCCAUCGCCGCAGGCCAACACAAACAAACCCGGGGCGGCUCCUCCUGGCCCACCGUUGGCAGCAGAACGAGCUCCUUCCUGAAAUUACAUCGGCCCUGAAUUUACGGUUUUGUUCCGAGAUAGCGCAGGGUCUCAGAUAGCCUCACUUGUCUGUGCUGCAGACAGUCCUUGAAGAGAACACAAUGAUGGUAUUCAGCCAGGUUUCCGGGGGGAGUGUUGGGACAUGUCAUAAAGCAUGUUAACUGACUACACCGAACGUGUUCCUCUUAAUCUUCAAAGACUUGUGUUAAAAAAACACCAUCAAACCAAUCUGCCCCAAGUUAGUAAAUCUGCUAUUUUUACAUAGGCCUUCAUAGAUUAGCUUUGAGAGAGAGUUUCUAUAAAAUGAGUUAGUAGUCUUUGCAUUAGACCUUCAAAGGCAGAAGCAGAAGAGAACUAUAGUAAAUCUUAUAUUAACAUCUGGAAUAACACAAACAUUGACAACAUCAACCCUUCUGCCAUCCUAGUUGAUAUAGUCAAAACUACAAAUAGCAGUAAUAUCAUUAUCAGCUAUCCAGUGAGUAUCUAUACCAAAGUUUACAAUACUUUUUGUUUGUUUAAGAAAAGAACAUGGUGACCUAGCACAGACCACAGCUAACACUACCUGAAAAGACACCAACAGGUGUCUUGAUUGUUCAGAACAGGACUGUUAUGACAUUGUCUGGUUAGAUAAUUUCUACACAUAGAAUACUAGUACUCUGUAUUAAGUAAAUGACAACCUUUAAAACCGCUUUUGGUACAAACUUGGAUUUUCUUUUUUAUUGUACGAUGACAUUUUCCAUCAUUUUAUUACACCCACCUUCACAAAUCUGUGACAAAAAUGUGUUGUUUAUUAUUUAUUUUUUGCUUUUAUGAGCCAGUGACUAAUAACCAAUC